GACUAUCACACACCGUAGGGAGCUCAAUUCAUGUAACAUUCUUAUUUUGUAAAGUAAUCUCGCUCGCAGUCUCGACUGUCCAAUCGCAAGACGUUGUUAUACAGCCGCGUAUAGCUCUCGCUCAGUGAAAUUUACAGUAGAAGGCUAUAUCUACGGAUUCUCUCAAAGGCUUGCACUCAUGUCUCCGGCUUUCGUGGAUUGCUCGACGUGGUUCACGGGAGCUAGUAAACGUAAUCUAUAGUUGUACAUGGGAUACAUGGGAAUGUAUUGACAACACCUGAACAUUAAGAAAUAUCGUUUUUUAUCAGUGAUAUAAGCGUUAAAUUAAAACAGUAUGGUUGCUGAUAAAGCGCCAGAGUCUCAACAUGGCCCAUCCUCGAGAGGUUCAUCGUUUUCCAUUGAGAAUUUACUUCGUAGAACUGCCGACAAAAGAUCUUCAACCGAAGAUGAAUUGGAAUGUAAAGCAAAGGGCCUUACCUACAACUUCUCUACCCAGGAGGAACAUCGAGUAUCUUCAUUUGGACUAAACGCGCAGCGCCUUGAAAAAGACGAUAUUUUGGACUGGUGUGAGAGCUCUCCUAUCCAAGUCCACGGUCUUAUAAGGAGGAGUUCACAAUAUCAUUCUCACAUCUCCGAUAAUUCCGGGUACACUCAACCAACUAGUGACCGGAAUUCCCCUCUACCGGAGCCGGAGGAAGACACUGAUGACCCAGAUAGCAAAGCAGAGGAUUGUCUGACAGAUGACAAAGAUGACGACACGCGUUCUCCGUGUUUCGCGCGAGAUGACAGUGACAAUCCCGAUGCAAAAGCAGUUCGCAAAAAGAAGACUCGGACAGUUUUCAGUCGGAGCCAGGUGUUUCAGCUCGAGUCCACCUUUGAUAUAAAACGGUACCUGAGCAGCUCCGAGCGGGCAGGGCUGGCCGCCUCACUUCAACUCACUGAGACGCAAGUGAAGAUUUGGUUCCAGAACCGCAGGAACAAAUGGAAGAGACAGAUUGCGGCAGACAUGGAGGCCACGACAAGCAUCUCCUAUUCGGCUCAAAGGAUUGUCAGGGUUCCGAUUUUAUAUCACGAGAAUGUGACACCUGGUUCGCUCACCACAAACUUGUCACAAGUGUCGCCACCCUUAGUUGGCUUCGCCAGCACUAUGAGUUACCCCAUCUCCCACUUCCCUCACCCGAUGUCUUAUAUUAGAUCACAAAUGACAGGUUUUGUGUGAUUAAAUAUAUUUAGUGACAAUGUUGUUGAUGAGUUCUGCUCCUUAUCAUUGCAAUCAUUAAGUUGGGUCGCCAGGGUAAACAAAUCUUAUAUUUUGGCCCACUUAUAUUUUAGUAGUUCUUCAGAUGUUCCAUGUAAGCCUACAGUAUGUCUACAAUUAAUGAUUGAACUUUAUCAAUAAUUCUUUAUCAACAUAAAGCCUAAGUUAACCUCAGAAUAAUAACACCUUGGGCGUUUUAAACUAGGCCUAUAUUUUGUCAGAUAGGCUACAGUAGCCAACAUUGACAGACUGAGUUUUUACGAACUCCAGUCCGCCAACACGUAUGUCUUAAAACCAUUUUAUUAGAAUGGGGU